AUGACAGAAGCCCAGGUGCGGAGCCAGCGGGCCAUCGUACAUCAACAGCAUCCUCAUCCAGUCCCGAGGAAUGGUGGUGAAGCCUCAGGUCUGUGUCGCUUGGUCGACGCAAGUCUGAUGGUCCUCGCCCCUUUCCUGAGUGCAUUCGGCUACCAGGGCACUUUGGGGGUGCAUGUGGGAAUUGCAAGUGGCGCGAUCACAGAGCUAGAUGCUCCGUAUGAGAUGGCAAUGAUGCUCAGGAGGAUGACUCCGGCCUGGACAAAUUGA